AUGCACUAUGACAGGUACUCACACCUCCUCGUCUCUAUUAGCGGUGUUGUCUUCCUUGGGACGCCGCAUCUUCUCGAGGGAGUCGGCAACCGCGCAUUCGGCGAGAGACUUGUCGGCAUCAUGAAGCUUGAGGACGCGGCAGGGUCUCUUAGCAACAAAUGCCUCACGAGGCUCAAGGAGAGCAGCCAUAUGUUGGCCGACCUGGCCGGUCGGUUCAACAGAACAAACCUGAGAGUCGACAUUCUCUCCGUGUUUGAGCAAAAGGUCACCAGAAUCCGGCAAUCCGGGGCUCUGCGGAGAUCCAAGACCAAGAAGAUGAUCCCACCGGCAGCUCUAGCAUCCACUCACUCAGGACCAUACACGUCUACGUACGUCAAUGCCGGAUCAAGCAGCCGGCAAGAGAUGCAAUCCCUCCUAGACAACUUCUCCACCAAGCAAGCCGACCCCAGGAUCCCCUGCUUCAUGAUGGAGACUCUGGUUAGGAACAAGAACUUUUUCGGAAGACAGGACAUCUUGACGCAUCUCGACGAAUGCCUCCUCCCCUCUGGCGAUCUCUUGGUAUCCUCCCAACCUGAACGUAUCCGGGUCGGGCUUUUGUGCGGCAUGGGCGGGCUCGGGAAGACCGAGACGGCGAUCGAGUACGCCUACAGCCGCAGGGACCGCUUCGACGCCAUCUUCCUGAUCCGGGCAGAGGAUACGUCCAAGCUAGAGGCCGACCUCGCCCAGAUCGCUGUGCGGCUCGGGAUUCAAGACCCCAACGAGCCAGACGACAAAGUGAUCAACAGGGGACUCGCUCUCGAGUGGCUGUGCAACCCCUUCAAGAUCGAUUACGAAGCCGGUGAUGCCGUGCGGGUCCCCACCUCCUGGUUGGUCAUUUUCGACAAUGCGGAUGAGCCGGACAUUCUCGCCCCCUACCGGGACAUCACCGCCAGCGGCGCCGUCCUCAUCACCAGCCGGAGUCCGCUGGCCAAGACCAGCUUCUCACCCCAGACCACCGAGAUCGAUAUCCGAUCCUUUGGCACCGAGGAGGCAGGCGACUUUGUCCAGAGCAUCACGGGCAUUGACGGCCACCUCGACGAAGCGCGCCGGAUCGGCGCGAGACUCGGCGGUCUUCCCCUUGCUCUGGCGCAGAUGGCGGGCAUCAUCCGGCUCGAGUUCCUGUCGUACACCGAGUUCCUCGAGUUGUACAACGACGCCGAGGAGGCGGCCGACGUGCACGGGACGGUGCUGCAGCCACUCCGGGCCUCGGCACGGGGCAGCCUGUCGACCGUGUGGACCAUCGAGAAGCUCUCCGCAUCGGCUAGGGCAGUUCUCGAGAUCUCGUCGUUCCUCGACCCGGACUGCAUCCAAGAAUCUAUGCUGACGCACGAGGUAGCUGCUAUCGACCAUCUGAUACCCGAAUUUCCCACGAAACGCGGCGCCUUCUUCGCCGCGCGCAAGCAGCUGAUAGGCUCGUCGCUCAUCCGGCACAACAAGGAGCUGGCCGAGUACUGGGUCCAUCGCGUUACCCAGGACGUUGUGCGCGCCAAGAUGGAGCCCGCGCGCCGCAAACAUGUUUUUGCCAACGCCGUCGCCAUCGUCUCGGCCGCAUGGCCCGCCACGGCGGUCGGCGGGCACGACGUCACCUUGUGGGAACUGUCCGAGAAACUGUAUCAGCACGUUACGAGUUUGAGUGACAUGUACCUGUGCUACCUGGAGCCUGGGGACGAUGGGUCAGACAUGGCGUUCGCAACUCUUCUCAACCGCGCAGGGUGGUAUCAACAUGAACGAGGCGAAUCGCGCGUGCAGCUGCCGGUCCUCGAGCUGGCGCUGGAACUAUGCCAGGGGAUCACCACCAUCGAUACGCGGGAUCUCGAAUCCGAUAUCCGCUACGCACUCGGGGCGGUGGCAAACGAGACCAACGAUGCCGCGUCGUGCCGGUUGCACACGGAGCGCUUCUUCGAAAUCCGGCUGGACGCGGCGGCCGAGACCGGGGCCGUCGACGAGAGGCUCGCCAGGUCCUACAAUCAGAUGGGCAUCGUGUGGAUGAUGGCUGGCGAGUAUAAGAAGGCCGAGGAGUCAUUUGCAACGUCGGCGCGCGAGUACGAGAAGAUCCCCGGAUACACCAAGGACAAGCGCUCCCUCGCGCUCGUGAACCUCGGAUUGGCGUACUGGCUCCAGGGUAGCUGGGAUCGUGCCUCCGAGAUCCUAGAGCUGGGCCUAGCAGACCGCGAGGAGCUCUACGGGUACAUGGACAGCCACAGCUUCAGGUGCGCGCGCGGAUCCGGGCCUAUCUAA